ACACCCCUCUGCUCUCUGUUACUUCACAGUACCAUAUUCGGUCGUUCGUUCCGGCGCCGAUGAGGGGGCGAAAGCGGACAGGAGCUGCUGGUAUCAGUGAGUGUCAUGAAAAUAGUAGGAUUCUAAGAGCUAAACCCAACUCCUCACAAACCCAAGCAAAACCCAAAAAUUUAGACGGAUUUUCUGCAAAGGGGCCUCCUUUCAAAGGAACCAAAACCGGGCGAGCCGUGUUUUCUUCUAAGAAGCGCAAACAUAAGACUUUGGAAAGAGAAAAUAAUGAAGAGGAGGAGAAAGAAGAAGAAACUACAGAGGAGGAUGCUGAUUCAGAAACUGAUGGCAGUCAAGAAAAUGACGGGGAAGAUAAAGAAACAGAGAAAGCAAAUGAUCCCGUGUCAAAUUAUUCAAAGAAGAAGAGCGAUGCUACAGGAAAGUCACUAAUGUGCCAUCAGUGCCAGAGGAAUGAUAAAGGUCGAGUUAUUAAUUGCAAAACUUGCCGCAGGAAACGAUAUUGCAUCCCCUGUAUAACUAAUUGGUAUCCAGGGAUGUCAGAGGAUGCAAUUGCUUAUGCCUGCCCAGUUUGUCAAGAUAAUUGCAAUUGCGGGUCAUGCUUGCAGAUGAGUGGAUCUGCCAGGAAAUUGGAAAGAGCUCUACACUUACAAUGCACCAAUGAUGAACAAGUUCAGCACUCUAAAUAUUUGCUUAAGUGGCUUCUCCCACACAUCAAACUGUUUAGCCAAGAACAAAUGAAAGAGAAGGUGAUAGAAGCUAAAAUUCAAGGGGUGUUCCCGUCAGAAAUACAGUUGAAGCAGGAAUUUCCUUCUUAUCAUAACCAUGUAUAUUGUGGCAACUGCAGAACUUCGAUUGCUGAUUAUCAUCGAAGUUGUCCCAACUGUAGAUAUGUUCUCUGCCUUAAUUGUUGCCAAGAAAUUCGUGAGGGAGGUUUGCAGGGGGGAGAAGAAGUAAAUAUUGAAUAUUUUAACAGGGGCUCAGCUUACUUCCAUGGUUCAGCUCAUAUUUUUACAUAUCCAGAAGAGAGGACGCCUCUUGAUUCAUCUUCUGGAACUGAUUCUGAAGAAUACUGCUGUGCAGCAGCUAUUUGGAAGGCAGAUGAAAAUGGUAGUAUUUCUUGCCCCCCAAAAGAUUUGGGUGGUUGUGAUAGUGGUCUUUUAGUGUUGAGAUCUAUGUUUGCAGAAAAUGCUGUUGUUGAAUUGGUAGAAAAAGCAGAGGCAAUAGCCAAAGAUCUCAAUCUUGAAACCACACAUAACUCUCCUAAACAGGAGUGCCUUUGUUACACCUCAACUGAUGAAAUUGACUUUGCCAAUAGUAAGCCAAGGAAAACAGCUUCUCGAGAAGAUUCCACUGAUAACUAUUUAUAUUGUCCAACAGCUAAAGAUGUUCAGAAUGGAUGUUUGAAGCAUUUCCAAAGGCACUGGAGCAAAGGUGAGCCUGUUAUUGUUACUAAUGUGCUCGAGAAUUCAACUGGUUUGAGCUGGGAGCCGAUUGUUUUGUGUCGUGCCUUACGUCGGUUUAAAAGCACCAAGUUUGAGCAACAUCAGAAUGUGAAGGCCAUUGAUUGCUUAUGUUGGUCGGAGGUAGAGGUCAAACUUCAUCAAUUCUUCAAAGGAUAUAAAGAUGGUCGUUUUGAUAGAUAUAAUAGGCUACAGAUUUUGCAACUGAAAGACUUGCCAGCAUCCAUGACAUUUGAGAGGCACCUUCCACGUCAUCAUGUUGAGUUUCUUCGUUGUUUGCCCUUAAAGGAAUAUACACACUCUUGUCAUAGCUUUCUUAACCUUGCUACCAAAUUAUCUGGGAUACUUUCCGAGCCAGAGAUGGGUCCAAAGUUACAUAUUGCAUAUGGACUAGCUCAAGAGCUUGGGCGAGGAGACUCUGUAAUCAAGCUUCAUUGUGAUAUGUCUGAUGUGGUGAAUGUUUUGGUGCAUUCUACUGAAGUAAAGCUUACAGAUGAGCAGCUUGUAAACAUCAAGAGUUUAAAAGAGCUUUUGCAACAUCAAAAGCGAAUUUUUGGGAUGAGGACGAAGGUUGAUGGAGCUGAGCCUGCAUGUUAUUCUUCACCGAAUGCAAGGAUGUCAAAACUUGAAGACAUUGAGGUGGAAGAUGUUCAGGGAGGUGCUAUUUGGGAUGUUUUCCGGAGAGAAGAUGUUCCCUAGCUAAGGGAUUAUCUUAACAAGCACUUUACAGAUUUCAGGCAUAUAGAUUGUUAUCCAUUAUCACAGGUUGUGGACCCUAUACAUGAUCAGUCUUUUUACCUGACUGUGGACCAUAAGUCAAAUCUUAAGGGAGAAUAUGGAAUUGAACCAUGGACAUUUGUUCAGAAACUUGGUGAGGCUGUUCUUAUAGCCGCUGGCUGUCCUUAUCAAGUCAGGAACAUUAAGUCCUGUAUAAAGGUUUCACUUAAUUUUGUUUCACCUGAAAGUUUUGGUGAAUGUGUUCGUUUGACGGAGGAAUUUCGUGUACUUCCUCAAGGUCACAGCGCUAAAGUGGAUAAAUUGGAGGCAAGGAGAAUGGCUCUACAAGCAAUGUGUUCUGCAGUAAACUGUUUGGAUCCAAAGGCUCGGAUUAAAUUAA